AAGAAGAAGAAGAAGAAGAAGAAGAAGAAGAAGAAGAAGAAGAAGAAGAAGAAGAAGAAGAAAAAAGCAAGAUGGCGUUUGACGGAAAAUUCCUAAACGUGUUCCUUCUAGUUGUUUGUUUUGAAUGAUCGCAUACAUGUGCACAUAUAUAGUGUUUAGUAGAUGAAUACUUCUUUGUAUUCCUGCUACAUCAGUCGGUAUACAUGUGCACAUAUAUAAUCAUUGUUUGGUACAUUAGUCUGACGCGCUAGUUAGCUUAGCUUGUUAGCUGCCAACAAAGACGCGGAAGUGAUCAACACAUCACUAAGUGCAGAUGGACACUAAGUAGACAUCACAUGUGAGUGUCAACACAUCACUAAGUGCAGAUGGACACUAAGUAGACAUCAAAUGUGAGUGUCAACACAUCACUAAGUGCAGAUGGACACUAAGUAGACAUCACAUGGGUCUGUGACGAACAUCUUCUCCCUGAACAACACAAGUGGAGCUUCGGGAUGGCGCAGGAGGAGCCACAGCCCUCCCACAUUAAGGAGGAAGAUGAGGCCCCUCACGUUAAAAAGGAAGAGGGGGACCCACUGACCCCUCACAUUAAAGAGGAAGAGGAGGAACACAGCAUCAGUCAGGAGUUCCCAGUGACUGGUGUCCCUGUGAAGAGUGAAGAUGAGGAGGUCAAAGGUGAAAGUGAGGAGGAGCCUCCAAGUCGACACAUGACAAGAGAAGCUGAUGGAGGACCACCAACAGACAAGUUCUUAUCAAGGUCACACUCUGAUGAUGGAGACCAGUGUGGAGGACCACCAGCAGACAAGUUCUUAUCAAGGUCACACUCUGAUGAUGGAGACCAGUGUGGAGGACCACCAGCAGACAAGUUCUUAUCAAGGUCACACUCUGAUGAUGGAGACCAGUGUGGAGGACCACCAGCAGACAAGUUCUUAUCAAGGUCACACUCUCAUGAUGAAGACCACUGUGGAGGACCACCAGCACACAAGUUCUUAGCUCCACUAUCAAGGUCACACUCUCAUGACUCUGAUGAUGGAGACCAGUGUGGAGGACCACCAGCAGACAAGUUCUUAUCAGGAUCACACUCUCAUGAUGAAGACCACUGUGGAGGACCACCAGCACACAAGUUCUUAGCUCCACUAUCAAGGUCACACUCUCAUGACUCUGAUGAUGGAGACCAGUGUGGAGGACCACCAGCAGACAAGUUCUUAUCAAGGUCACACUCUGAUGAUGGAGACCAGUGUGGAGGACCACCAGCAGACAAGUUCUUAGCUCCACUAUCAGAUAGUGAGGACACAACGUCACACUCUGAUGAUGAAGACUCUAAAGAUGGCCAGACACGCUUUAAAUGUUCUCACUGUGACAAAACGUUCAAAUACCGCCGUAGUCUGAAAAGACACAUGAAAAUACACACUGGAGAGAAAAGCUUUUCCUGUUCAAUCUGUGGCAAAGAUUUUAGUCAAAGGAAAGAUUUGAAAACACACCAGAGCGUACAUGCUGGAGAUAAACCUUUUUUGUGUUCAGAAUGUGGUAAAGGUUUUGCAGGAAAAACUAGGUUGAAAGAACACAUGAGAACACACACUGCAGAAAAAAAAUGUUCUUGUUCAGUCUGUGGUAAAGAUUUCCUACAAGGCCGGUAUUUAAAAGUACACAUGAGGACGCACGCUGAAGAAAAACCUUUCAGGUGUUCCGUCUGUGGGAGAGGUUGUACACAUAGCCACAACUUGAAAGUGCACAUGCGAACACACACCGGGGAAACCCCUUUCACCUGUUCCGUCUGUGGGAAAAGUUGUGCGCACAGUCACAAUUUGAAACUACACAUGAGAACGCACACUGGGGAAAAACCCUAUUCCUGCUCAAGCUGCAACAAACGCUUUUGUGUACAAAGGAACCUUGUAGUCCACAUGAGGACACACACAGGCGAGCAAGUGUUUAGUUGCAGUGCGUGUGAGGAAAGGUUCUCGUAUAAGUACCAGCUCAGCAAGCACCAGUGUCCUGGUCAGAACAGCAGCAGGGUGGAGUGGCUCAGAUGGUAGAGCAGCCAUGCAAACAACCCGAGGGUUGGCUCGUAUCCGGCUUCCGAAAUCCGAGUCGCGUCCUUUGUGUCCUUGUUCACAGCACUUUUACUUUGAAAAUGUGUGACUUUAUCAAUCAUUUGUUGGGUCUUGAUAAUCCAUGCUAUUAAUCACCUCUCUUGUAAUAUGAAUGUUGUUUUAUAUGUAUGUCCUUAGACCUUUAUACAAUAUAUAGAUAAGGGAAGACGGCGGAAUUCUUUGGAAGGUUAUGAAGAAUUUUAAAGAAUCUACAUGACACAGUUAUUGUGUUUUUUCUUUCUUAAAAUCCCCAAAACAAUAUCAGUUUCAGAAAAGAUGGGCAGGUUUGGAAUGUUGGGGAACAGCCAAUAAUGUACAUCAUCAAUAAUGUACAUCAUCAAUAAUGUACAUCAUCAAUAAUGUACAUCAUCAAUAAUGUACAUCAUCAAUAAUGUACAUCAUCCCACAGACAAAUAAAUGUCACUUUGAUUCCAUCCAUCCAUCCAUUUUCUACCGCUUGUCCUUUUUUGGG